AUGUCUCAAGACGAAAAUAUUGUCAAAGCUGUUGAAGAAUCCGCAGAACCUGCUCAAGUUAUUCUUGGGGAAGAUGGUAAGCCAUUGUCCAAGAAGGCCUUGAAGAAAUUGCAGAAAGAGCAAGAGAAACAGAGAAAGAAGGAGGAAAGAGCUCUCCAGUUGGAAGCUGAAAGAGAAGCCCGUGAAAAGAAAGCCGCUGCCGAAGACACCGCAAAGGACAACUACGGUAAGUUGCCAUUGAUCCAGUCUCGUGACUCUGACAGAACUGGUCAGAAGCGUGUCAAGUUUGUUGACUUGGAUGAGGCUAAGGAUAGCGACAAAGAAGUCCUCUUCAGGGCAAGAGUCCACAACACCAGACAACAAGGUGCAACAUUGGCCUUUUUAACUUUAAGGCAACAAGCUUCCUUGAUCCAAGGUCUAGUAAAGGCCAACAAGGAAGGUACCAUCAGCAAAAACAUGGUCAAAUGGGCUGGUUCAUUGAAUUUGGAGUCCAUUGUCCUUGUCAGAGGUAUUGUCAAGAAGGUAGAUGAGCCAAUCAAGUCUGCUACUGUGCAAAACCUGGAAAUUCACAUUACCAAGAUUUAUACCAUUUCCGAGACUCCAGAAGCAUUGCCAAUCCUUUUGGAAGAUGCCUCCCGUUCCGAAGCUGAAGCUGAAGCUGCAGGUUUGCCCGUGGUCAACUUGGACACCAGAUUAGACUACCGUGUCAUUGACUUGAGAACCGUCACCAACCAAGCUAUUUUCAGGAUUCAAGCUGGUGUUUGUGAGUUGUUCAGAGAAUAUUUGGCCACAAAGAAAUUUACCGAAGUACACACACCAAAACUGUUGGGUGCACCAAGUGAAGGUGGUUCCAGUGUGUUUGAGGUGACAUACUUCAAAGGGAAGGCCUACCUAGCUCAAUCUCCACAAUUUAACAAGCAACAAUUGAUUGUGGCCGACUUUGAAAGAGUUUACGAAAUCGGGCCUGUGUUCAGGGCUGAAAACUCCAACACCCACCGUCACAUGACCGAGUUUACUGGUUUGGACAUGGAAAUGGCUUUCGAAGAACAUUACCACGAAGUUUUGGACACGUUGAGUGAGUUGUUUGUGUUUAUUUUCAGUGAAUUGCCCAAGAGAUUUGCUCAUGAAAUUGAGUUGGUACGUAAGCAAUACCCUGUUGAAGAAUUCAAGUUACCUAAAGAUGGUAAGAUGGUUCGUCUAACAUACAAAGAAGGUAUUGAAAUGCUAAGAGCUGCCGGUAAGGAAAUUGGUGAUUUUGAAGACUUGAGUACCGAAAAUGAAAAGUUCUUGGGUAAGUUGGUUCGCGACAAAUACGACACCGACUUUUACAUCCUAGACAAGUUCCCCUUGGAGAUCCGUCCCUUCUACACAAUGCCCGACCCAGCCAACCCUAAGUAUUCUAACUCGUAUGAUUUCUUCAUGAGGGGUGAAGAAAUCUUGUCCGGUGCACAACGUAUCCACGACCAUGCUCUAUUACAAGAAAGGAUGAAAGCCCAUGGUUUGUCUCCUGAGGACCCAGGUCUAAAGGACUACUGUGACGGCUUCAGCUAUGGGUGUCCUCCACACGCCGGUGGUGGUAUCGGUUUGGAAAGAGUUGUUAUGUUCUAUUUGGAUUUGAAAAAUAUCAGAAGAGCUUCAUUGUUCCCAAGAGAUCCAAAGAGAUUAAGACCAUGA